AUGAAACUGGAAACAGCUGCCGCUGUUGUUCCCCAAGAUCCUCUGUCGCCGCCGGACGACGACGUCAAGGGUAUCUUUUUCGACUUUCCCGACAGCGGCGCAACAGGUGCUGGCACCGUCCCCACAUCCGACUCGCUUGAUUCUGUUUCGACAUCUUCAACGACCAACACAGAACAGCGUUCCAUUUCCCCGCCUAGUAUCAAACCUCGCACUGCCCAAGCCUGUGACAAAUGCAGAGAGAGGAAGACCAAAUGCUCGGGCGAGAGGCCCACAUGUAUGCGGUGCUUCAGUCGAGGACUCAUCUGUCACUACACUGCUCGCAUCCCCCGUGCUCGCGGGACAGUUGGACGAACAGCGUCCCACUCCCAGGGCCACGCCAAAGUAUCGCUGCCCCAGAUCUCGCCGCCUAGGGUCAGUGCCCUGUCUGCGUCCCGCCCUGUGCCAGACUUGGGCCCUGCAGGCACCGUCUCCCGACGACCCUACCCUCGCCCUUUCGCGACUUCCCCUCGUACAUAUAAACCAUAUCCUUCCCUCGAAACGCGAUAUCAAUACACUCCUUCUAGUUCCGAAGGUUCCAUCGAUGGCUAUUCGACUUCCCCACCUUUCGCCUCUUUCGACCAGACGUACAGCUCCUAUUCCCAGACAAACUCGUCGAUGCAGAGCCAAGUGAACAGCACCUAUGGGAGCUAUGAUCGAGCGGGCCCCUCCGAUGGGAGCGGGGCGUCAUACGCCUGUCCCCCCGCAUACGCUCCCUCCAUACGUGGCAAUGGCCAGAACCAAUGGUCAUCGAGCUACGAAAAUGGGGGCUUCGACAAUGGCGGGGUAGAUACGUUGGCUCAGCCAAGGGCGAGUGUGCCUGUCUACCCUUCCGUAUUCUCGAGUGACGGAACUCUCAACGUGGGGCAAGGUGAUAACUUCAACAAUAACGCCCGCCCCACCGAUUCUUACUAUCAACAAAAUACCGUCUUGCCCCAGGCGACUCGUUAUCCUGACGUUACCCCCGGUACUCAUGAUGGAAACUUUUCGCAUGGCCUUUCUGGCAGCAGUGCAGCCUCUUUCUCCAGCUCAUUUUUUGACUUUACAAAUUCUUUCAACAGUUCGAGGUGCGCCCCGCCCUACAUACCGACAACGUCCCUGUCGAAGAACCUGAACUACGACUUGUCUCCCAUCAGUGGAUGACUCGGGCGUUGUCCUCGUUUCAUUGGAUUACUUUGUGAGCUGUCGUGUGUUACGCUAUUCGACCUUUGUUAUUGUAUGCCUUGUGUAAACCGUUAAUUCGUAUAAUUGUACUAUAUCGUUGUGGAC